CGGCUGAGAUGGAGGCGCUGGCGGCGGAGUUGGGCGCCGUGACGGCGGAGCGGGCGGCGGCCCCUGUGAGCGCAGUGGAGGAGAAAUGGAGGCUCCUACCCGCGUUCCUCAAGGUGAAAGGACUUGUGAAGCAGCACAUAGACUCAUUCAACUAUUUUAUCAACGUGGAGAUAAAGAAAAUCAUGAAAGCCAAUGAAAAAGUGACAAGUGAUGCUGAUCCAAUGUGGUACUUGAAAUACCUCAACAUCUAUGUGGGUACUCCAGAUGUGGAAGAAAGUUUCAAUGUGACACGACCUGUAUCGCCUCACGAGUGCCGCCUGAGAGACAUGACUUACUCUGCCCCGAUUACAGUGGACAUUGAAUAUACCCGAGGUAGCCAGAGGAUCAUCCGUAAUGCAUUACCCAUUGGCAGAAUGCCUAUCAUGCUGCGUAGCUCCAAUUGUGUUCUUACUGGAAAAACUCCAGCAGAAUUUGCAAAACUCAACGAAUGUCCUUUAGACCCAGGUGGCUAUUUCAUCGUUAAAGGUGUAGAGAAAGUCAUCCUUAUCCAAGAGCAGUUAUCCAAAAACAGAAUAAUUGUGGAAGCUGAUAGAAAAGGCACAGUGGGUGCUUCUGUUACCAGUUCCACUCAUGAGAAGAAGAGCAGAACAAACUUGGUUGUGAAACAAGGAAGAUUUUACCUGAGGCAUAACACUCUGUCUGAAGAUAUUCCUAUUGCUAUCAUCUUUAAGGCCAUGGGUGUUGAAAGUGACCAAGAGAUUGUACAGAUGAUUGGCACAGAGGAACACGUGAUGGCUGCAUUUGCUCCUAGUCUGGAAGAGUGCCAAAAAGCUCAAAUUUUUACACAGAUGCAGGCAUUGAAGUACAUUGGAAACAAAGUACGAAGGCAAAGGAUGUGGGGAGGCCCAAAGAAAACGAAGAUGGAAGAAGCACGAGAACUGCUAGCAUCAACUAUUCUGACCCAUGUUCUUGUGAAGGAGUUCAAUUUCCGUGCCAAAUGCAUUUACACAGCAGUAAUGGUGCGCAGAGUAAUUCUGGCUCAAGGAGAAAAUAAAGUAGAUGACAGAGACUACUAUGGAAAUAAACGCUUGGAGUUGGCAGGGCAGCUUCUUUCUCUUCUGUUUGAAGAUUUGUUCAAAAAAUUUAACUCUGAGCUGAAAAAGAUUGCUGACCAGGUAAUCCCCAAGCAACGUGCAGCUCAGUUUGAUGUAGUGAAGCACAUGCGUCAGGACCAAAUCACCAAUGGCAUGGUCAAUGCCAUUUCCACAGGAAAUUGGUCUCUGAAGAGAUUCAAAAUGGACCGCCAAGGUGUGACUCAAGUAUUGUCCCGCUUGUCUUACAUAUCUGCUCUGGGAAUGAUGACUAGAAUCUCUUCUCAGUUUGAAAAGACAAGGAAAGUGAGUGGUCCUCGAUCAUUGCAGCCAUCUCAGUGGGGGAUGCUCUGCCCAUCGGACACUCCUGAAGGAGAGGCUUGUGGUUUGGUUAAAAACCUUGCUCUGAUGACUCACAUUACUACAGAUAUGGAAGAUGGCCCAAUCAUUAAACUAGCCAGUAAUCUUGGAGUCGAAGAUGUGAAUUUGCUCUGUGGUGAAGAACUUUCAUAUCCUAAUGUGUUCCUUGUUUUCCUGAAUGGUAACAUCCUUGGUGUCAUACGUGAUCAUCAAAAGCUAGUCAACACGUUUCGGAUAAUGCGACGAGCUGGUUAUAUCAAUGAAUUUGUUUCCAUCUCUACAAAUCUUUCUGACAGAUGUGUCUACAUUUCCUCUGAUGGAGGGAGAUUGUGCAGACCCUAUAUAAUUGUAAAGAAGCAAAAACCUGCAGUAACAAACAAGCAUAUGGAAGAACUGGCUCAGGGUUACAGGAAUUUUGAAGAUUUCUUGCAUGAAGGCCUUGUUGAAUAUUUGGAUGUGAAUGAAGAAAAUGACUGCAACAUUGCACUGUAUGAGCAUACAAUUAAUAAGGAUACAACACAUUUGGAGAUUGAGCCUUUCACACUGCUUGGUGUCUGUGCCGGUCUGAUUCCAUAUCCUCACCACAACCAGUCGCCACGAAACACUUACCAGUGUGCCAUGGGGAAACAAGCAAUGGGUACUAUUGGAUAUAAUCAAAGAAACAGAAUAGAUACUCUUAUGUAUCUUCUUGCCUAUCCUCAAAAGCCAAUGGUAAAAACAAAAACAAUUGAACUGAUAGAUUUUGAGAAACUGCCUGCUGGACAGAAUGCCACAGUUGCUGUCAUGAGCUACAGUGGUUACGAUAUUGAAGAUGCUCUUGUCCUAAACAAAGCAUCUUUGGACAGAGGUUUUGGAAGGUGUCUUGUGUACAAGAAUGCCAAGUGUACACUGAAGCGUUACACAAAUCAGACGUUUGACAAAGUGAUGGGUCCGAUGUUGGAUGCAGCUACUCGCAAACCAAUCUGGCGCCAUGAAAUCUUAGAUGCUGAUGGGAUCUGCUCUCCUGGUGAAAAAGUAGAAAAUAAACAAGUCCUUGUGAACAAAUCAAUGCCAACAGUGACCCAGACACCUCUGGAAGGAAGCAGUGUGCCACAGCAACCACAGUACAAAGACGUGCCAGUAACCUAUAAAGGUGCUACUGAUUCUUAUAUUGAAAAAGUAAUGAUUUCAUCAAAUGCAGAGGAUGCUUUCUUGAUCAAAAUGUUGUUGAGGCAAACGAGGCGCCCAGAAAUUGGAGAUAAAUUUAGCAGUCGUCAUGGACAGAAAGGGGUGUGUGGACUGAUUGUUCCUCAGGAGGACAUGCCAUUUUGUGAUACAGGGAUUUGUCCAGAUAUCAUAAUGAACCCUCAUGGCUUCCCAUCGCGUAUGACGGUAGGAAAGUUAAUUGAACUCCUGGCUGGGAAGGCUGGGGUCCUAGAUGGCAGAUUUCACUACGGAACAGCUUUUGGAGGCAGUAAAGUGAAGGAUGUGUGUGAAGAUCUCAUUCGCCAUGGUUAUAACUACCUAGGGAAGGACUAUGUAACAUCUGGUAUCACUGGGGAGCCUCUGGAAGCAUACAUCUAUUUUGGCCCUGUGUAUUACCAGAAACUGAAGCACAUGGUGUUGGAUAAAAUGCAUGCAAGAGCUCGAGGACCCAGAGCAGUGCUUACCAGGCAACCCACUGAAGGUCGAUCCCGUGAUGGUGGUUUACGUCUUGGAGAGAUGGAACGGGAUUGCCUGAUAGGUUAUGGAGCCAGCAUGCUGUUAUUGGAGAGACUGAUGAUUUCAAGUGAUGCCUUUGAAGUGGAUGUUUGUGGGCAGUGUGGCUUGCUGGGAUACUCUGGCUGGUGCCAUUACUGCAAAUCAUCAUGUCACGUGUCUUCUCUGCGGAUCCCUUAUGCCUGUAAACUCUUAUUCCAAGAACUGCAGUCGAUGAACAUCAUACCUAGACUAAAACUAGCUAAGUACAACGAGUGAACAAGAAAAAGAAGAGAAAAAGUACUUUGUAUAAAUUGAAAUCCAGCGUAUCUAACUGAAAGAUUUUUUGGUGCACAGUAGUAACUCUACAACCUAAGUGGGCAGAAGGAGGUGCAGAGCAGUUGUAGGAAAUCUUUCGUGUGUAUUCUACCUGUUUUAAGUUCACAGAAGACACUUCAUCAGUAACAUUCACUAGUAGUUCUGAAAGCAUUGAUGUGUCCUAGUGAACAAGGCACGAGGGAAUGGUGGAAUGAAGUCAUGAUCCAGCAAGGCACAUGUAUCCUUUUCAAGGAUGUAGGACCCCAUACUUUGUUUUGAAAAAUGUUUUGCUGGACUAAGGCAUGAGCUGCCCUCAGGGCACAUCCUAUUCAGAGAGGUUAAAAAGACGUUUUACAGACUAGUGGAAUAUGAAAGGCUAAUAAAUGUUUUAAAUAAUUGUGCCCGAA